CACACACGGAGAACAGAUUGUAUGCUGCUAAGCCAAAGUCAGAUGAUCAGUGGCAAUGAUUUACACACAUUUAUCAAAGUGUCCAAAAGGGAAUCGUUGCCAUAGAGGAGUACUUGUGACCAUCUGUAGUCUGUUUAUACAUGCGUUGUGUGUGAGCCCUGUGGUGACCCUGAACUGCUCUGCACCCACCACUCAGUCCCUCCUCGCUGCCUUCAAUACAGACGUCUUCAUUUUCAGCGCAGUGCGUCCUGUCAACAACCAGAACACACAUACUAACAUCAGUAUCUACUUCACCCUGUAUGCCAUCUUAGGCGUGGAUGAAAAGGCACAAAUACUAGAGACAUUUAUCUGGCAGACAAUGAUGUGGAGGAUUGAGUCUCUGAGUUGGGACCCAGUGGAGUGCGGCACUUCCGUCAUCACUGUGCCCCGGGAAAAGUUGUGGAGGCCAGAUGUGGUGAUCAAUGAAUUUGUGGACAAGAACAAGGCUCCUGACACAUAUUACGUGCGGGUGAACAACACAGGCUACGUGACCGAUGGGAUGCCCGUGAAGGUGAAGAGCUCCUGCAAUCUCAACAUCUACACCUUCCCCUUCGACAUACAGAAG